AACGCCAGUACUGGGGCUCAGACCUGCAACUUCCCAAAAUGCCUUUUGAAGACAUCAUGUACAAUGAUGAAAGUGCGUACAAGUGGCUGUGCACCCUAAAGAAAAUAGGAAUUGUGCUACUAACAGGAGCUGCUACUAGGCAAGGAGAGUUGGUUAAACUUGGCCACAGGACUGGGUUCCUGCGUCUCACUUUUUAUGGACAAACUUGGCAAGUACAAGACAAAGCAGAUGCUAACAACGUAGCUUAUACAAGCGGGAAACUCUGUUUUCACACCGAUUACCCUGUUCUGCAGCAUCCACCUGGGGUUCAGUUUCUCCAUUGUAUAAAGCAAACAGCUGCAGGAGGUGAAAGUGAAGUUGUAGAUGGAUUUCACGUAUCCAACAAGCUGAAGAAACAAAAUCCUCAGGCAUAUCAGAUCCUGUCCUCUACUGCUGUAGACUAUACAGAUGUUGGGGUCGACUACUGUGAUUUUGCCGUGCAGUGUAAACAAAGGAUUAUAGACAUGGAUUCCAGAGGCCAAGCAAUUCGCAUCAAUUAUAAUAAUGCAACAAGAGACACAGUGUUUGACAUACCAGCUGAAAAAGUGAGGCCAUUUUAUGCAGCUCUAAAGGAAUUUGAUGAUUUAUUAAACAGCGCAGAACACAAGUUUACUUACAAGCUGAAACCAGGAGACAUAGUGACCUUUGAUAACUGGCGCGUGCUUCACGGUCGCCAGAGCUACCAGUCGGGAUCAGAAGUGACUCGUCACCUGGAAGGUGCCUAUGCAGACUGGGAUGUGGUCAUGUCGAGGCUCCGGCUCCUCAGGAAGAGGGUCCUGAAUAGGGACUGAGCUUUCUUCUAACCAAGAUGAGCAAAACAUAGAUUGUCUA